CAUCCGCGGUAACAUGGUUUCCAAUUCCAGCAAGAUGACGCCAUGGCUGAUGGCAUUUUUAUGCUUGGUGACUGCCGGCUGCACAAACGUCACGGAUCAGCAAACAUCGGAAACGCAUCACGAUCACCAAGUGGCGAUCUUGAAACAGAUCAGAAAGGUGAACGAAGACGGGUCUUACACGUACGGCUACGAAGCCGGCGACGGAUCGUUCAAGGUCGAGAGUCGCGACGUUCUGGGCAACAUCAAGGGUACGUUCGGCUUUGUCGACGCCGACGGUGAAAUAAAGAGGGUCUCGUAUUCAUCGUCAAACGGUACGGGAUUUAAAGCAACCACCGUGUCGCCAUUGCAGGAACAUAUCUCGGUCGUGCAGAGCAUACCGCGUCUCAACCGCACGUCAACCACAAAGAAGCCGAAUAUCGUAUACGCCACAACAACAGAGGCACCGACCAAAUCAUCGGUCGUACAGUCGAUUCCUCGAACGAGGAAGACAACAACCAGCACCACCACCACGACAAGUGCCGCCAGCACCACAAGUACAGAAGCACCUAGAACAAUAUUUGGACAUUAUCUAAAGGGCACGGCAAAAAGUAGACCGCGCUUUGUCAUCAACGGCCAACAGAGACCAAUCGUGACGGAAGAGGACGAGGAUACCGAAGACGAAGAUUCACAGAUCAACCGACCUAGCAUGGAGGACAAAAGCGGCACCUAUCGAAGAAUCGUUCUCGCAAAACGACCGAUUGAACAUAGUCUUCCGCCAAUAUCUGAAGAUUUCUUGGAGAAGGAAGACGAGGCAAAGAUUACAACGGGCAACACGCUGAGACGGCAACUGCACGAUGAAACUACCAAGUCGAACUCCGGCGCCGACAACGGUGACGAUCAUUCCGACGUUUACGGUGCGGGUGGUUCCUUAUCUACAACGCGUCCUCUUUUUACCACAACCUCUCCACCGCGAAUAAUUCAGCGUGUUUCCGGCGCUUCGCGCACGGAAAGACCGAGAAUCUACUUGAAUCGAGACAAUCUGGGAGCGGCAGGUCGAUUCGACAAUGCGAAGUACGAGACGGAGACGAAACCAACUCAAGAGGAACGUACUCCGACCCAACAGAUCCUACUUCGCAGUUCAACCGCGAGAGCACCGGUGGACAAUCGGGAUUACAUGAGACAGAGCACCGAGCCUGUCUUCGUGAGACAGCAACCCGAACAGUAUUUGCGAGAAUUGCCGCCCAGAUUACUCGUUCCGUCUCAACAAGACAAUCUCGAAGAGAACGGCAUCUACAGAGCGAUACCAAUCGGCAGAAUCUUGUUUCGACCACCUCCCCCGGAUCAACAGCCAAUUUACUCAACCACAACGGACUCCAAUAUUCAUUACCUGACGGAAAAUCCUGUGCCGGACGAUGAGACGCGAAUUGCCAUGAAUCCAACUUAUGCGCGUCCGCGUCCCAUGGUGCGACCUCUGAUCUAUCCGGAAACCGAUCAAAGACCACGACCGAUUUUGCGACCAGUUCCAAAUCCAGUUACUCAUUCGGACGAAAGAGAUUAUCAGCCAACCACACCCGAAUAUCCUUCUUACCGAACCGGAGGUGGCGGUCUGGCGUUACCUCCGGAACCUCCGAAUCCGAUCGCGCCUCCUCUGAGCCGACGAGACUUCCAAACGUUGCUGAGAAGGUUGCUGGUAAGUCAAUACGGCGUGCAAGCGUUGGCCUAUCCAAAGAGUUAUCUCGAGGACGCUUUGUACGAUCAACAACCUUAUCCCUCGUAUCCGAUGGGUUAUCAAACCCCACUACCGCGCUCGGAGUUGGCGUACGAUCAGCAGGCGCAGUACGGCGAUCGAGUGCCUCUCAGACGACCUGUGUAUCCUCGAGCGUUGAAUCCAAUUUAUCCUCAAUACGAUGAUUAUCACGACGGCAGGUAUUCGAAAAGAGUGUACAGACAAAAAUUCUACACUCAAGACGUCGAAGAUGGCGACGAGAUUUUACCAGCGCCGAUCAGAGAAGCGUUGCUGCUGAGAAUGGUGAACUUGGCGAUCAAUUCCGAACGAACGACAACAAUUGUGCCGACAACCGUGAUGACCAGCACAACGCCAACGUCGAUUUACAGAAAGACGGGUCCGGUCAGAAGCGUGCAGAUCAUCACCGACGACGAGGAGGAGGAAAAGGAGAUGAGGAAAAAAAUGUAACGACGCCGAGCGAUUAGAAGUAGAUAGGAAUUUUUUCACAGAGAAGAUUGCUCGUGUUGCAAGUAAAUUACAAAUUAAAUUAUUUGUAGAAUUUUUCAACUUAGUUUGUAACGACUUUUUUUUAUAACGUGGGAGAUAGCUCGACGCGCGCGCGAAUUUGCUUUCGUAGCAACUUUGUUCUCGUUGUCUCAUAGAAGACACGUUUUCGCAAUUGUUGCUAAUCAAGAUUCACGUUUUUCAUAUUCAAAGCUAGUAUGACUCUUUGUAGUUAACUCUUGAAAAUAUAUAUCUCUUAUAAUUUACUAUAUUACCUUGGAACGCCGUCAAGUUCUCACGGUAACGUAUUUAUACGUGACGAAGCAGCUUACGUCAACGGUAGCGGCUUUUUUUUUUUUUUUUUUUUUACGGAGAACGAACGGAUAUGUCCGUUUGCGAGUAAGGACCCGCGAUAAGGCGCGCACGCAACAAACACGCAUUCGUGUCGUUAAUGAAUCGAAUCGAAUUUCACAAAAGGGAAAUCGUCGCUGCGCACAGCUCGAUUUUCCGUGUACGAUAGCUUCUCGACGUCUGCUAAAUAACGCACACUAUUUAUCGAUCGUUAUCGCAUUUAUCAAAGUAGAUACAUCAGUGUGUAUCAAUCAAUUAAAAAAUCAGAAUAAAUCAUUAAACAAUCAAAUAAUUUUUUGCUUAAAGUUAUUAUGGAGCGUAAAAAAAUUCCAAAAUCAUUAUAGUCGCUAACUUUCGCAAAUAAACAAGUUUCUGAUAAUAAUUAAAGACUCCGAUCACUGAUGAAUCUGUACCUAUUAGCUGAAUAUUGUAUUUGCAAUCUCUCACACAAGAUGUUACUCGAAACAUCAAGAAGAAGAGACAACGCCUGUGCGAGAGCUCGAGACCUAAGACUAAGACCACAUCUAAGUGUAUUCUCUGCGUGCGCCCGUAAAUACGGUGUGUUACGUAAGAAACCUGUGUGAUAUAUACGCAUCGAAAUAAAGAAAAAGUCGGAGAGACGGUAGAUAGACGAGGCGUUGUGUGUGAGAACUCAUUUCAUAAGUCCCUGAGAGUUGCCGCUUUACCAGGAAAGAAUAGUAACGCGUCUACUGCCGGUAAUUAGCGCCGCGAAUUGCGACACUCCUGCCCGGUCGCAGGAUCUAGACAACACAAACUUGCAUAGCCGCGCGCGAGAAUGUGACCAAGAGGGCGGAGAUCAUGAGAUCUCUCGCGCUCAACGGCUUCUACGCAUUCGCGGAGAGAGCUCGCGCGAAAUUCAUCCGCGAGCGAAAAUUCUUCGGGCGGAAAACAAACGCACGUUUUACGUUGCGACUCGACGCAAAAUAUCCCACGCGCGUGUCCGAAAAAGCCUCGGAGCGAAACGAUCGUCGCUCGAUAAACAUCCGAUUUGUGAGACAAGUGUAGCGAGAGAGUUAACUCGAUAAUAUAAAAAUAUUAAUGAAGACGUUUCAUUAUAAAUGACACAUGAAUGAUUAAUCCAUCAACUUUUAAGCGGAUUGCAACAAUCACUUGGCAAUUGUCGAUUAUCACGUGCGUGAAGCGUUCAAUUUUAUGACUACGCGUAUUUUGUGUAAAUAUAAUAAAAA